GUGCCACUAGAUGGUAGCAAAGGUAGACGUGUCGCUUCAUUCGGCAGUUGGCCUUUUCUAUUCACCAGUAGUGGUAACCGUUGGCCUAUCCCACAAUUCUCUCUUUUCGCAUCUGACAUUGUAAGGAAUUGGUGAUAUUUUUAUUAUGUCGUCCCACAAGACGUUCAGGAUUAAGCGAUUCCUUGCUAAGAAACAGAAACAAAAUAGGCCCAUUCCCCAGUGGAUUCGCAUGAAAACUGGUAAUAAAAUCAGGUAUAAUUCCAAGAGGCGGCACUGGAGGAGGACCAAGCUGGGCUUGUAAUCUUUCACUAGCUACAGAUCUCAACACCACCACCAGAGAUGUUUGCAGCAUCAAUUCAAGCCAUAGACUUGGAGUCAGAUGCUGUUCAGCAGAUGCUUACUUCUGCUGUGUUUUCUAAGUUGUCCUGCUAUGCAGAGUAAAUAAAUGUGGAAUUAUUGUAGAAAGUGAA